GAGUCUCCUUCAAUCUGCUGUUAGUAACUAACACACACACACGCACACACACACACACCGAGACUCAAUUACUGCCCAAUUCCCUUCUUUAUCACUCGUCCCCGACCUCUUUCAUAACCAAGGAAAACACUGAGGACGACAAGACGACCGCGCUCAAGUGAUAGUCGAACUAAAAAGCCACGUUGGAAAUAAGUAAAGUGUCGAAAGUAAAUAGAAGGUGUUGGGGCAGUUAUGUCAAAGAGCUGAAGACUUCUUCAACAAUAUGGAGUCUGGAGAGCGGCUGGCCUCCCCAGCGCCCACCCUGUCUGCUGCUCGCACCUCCUCCCCUGCGGCCUCUUCCUCCUCCUCCUCUUCUUCCUCUUCGUCAUCCCCUGCUCCCCACACUAAAAGCAGUUUGGCCCCGAGCCCCUCUGCACUGGGAUCCACCAUCAGCACCUCUGGCCGUCUGUUUGGAGCAGCGGGAGAGCAGCCCUUCAUCGGCUCCACGUUGUCAAGUGCCUUUCCACUGGUCAACCAUCCAGCCUUCGGAGCCCUCUACGCUGCUGGAGUAGGCCGGCCUGAGUUUGGAGGCCUCGGCUCCCUGGGUAUGUCUGCAGCUCUGGCUGCUCACCCCCAGCUAGGAGCCCUGUCAGAGUGGUGGCGAGCUGCCGAAGCUCAUGGACGAGGAGCAGCCGCUUAUCUUCCUUCCUUUAUUGGUUUCCCUCCUUACUUUACUCCCCAUAUACAACCCAACCACAGCUCCAGCCCUGUCCAGAUCAGGAUGCCCACUAAGAACAGCCACACUUCCCCAAAAGGAGUGAAUGGGGCGGUGAAUGGCAGUCCUGUCUGUCCUUCUUCAACACAAUCUGGGAGUUUCCCUGAAAGUCAGACCACUGUUCAGACAACCCCCAAAACAGCCAAGACGACAGACCUCUCCAAUUGUCACCGUAGCAGCCCACAGAGCAAGCCAGUGGAGCCAUCAGAAACGCUCAUUCAGAAACCGAAAGAGAAGAAACAACGGAAGAAACCAGCAAACAGUCUUGCAGGGAACAGUGAAUCAGGCACGUCUUCGGACAGCUCCAGUGAUGGCUCCAUCAGCAGUGAUCUCGAGGACCUCCCAGAGGAUGAUGAAGAGGACGAGGAUGAUGAUGAAGACGACGAGGCAGAAGACAGACAGAAUGACUUGUCGGACUCUGAGAAGCGUGCGAAGAAGAAAUCAAAGACACAAUCCACUGGUACCACAAAGACUGAUAAACACACUGGUUUGUCCAUGAUGGAUGGCAGCAAAGAUCCCCAGAUCCAGAAGGCUUCAGCUGACCCUCCAACUCUUGUUCCCCAAACCUGCUCUGUUUCCCCGCCAGCGAUGUCACAGACCUCCCCGCUGGCCCUGCAGGUCUCCAGGGCCAGGACAGAGGGCCCACAGAAGCAUUUUAGCGUCAUCCAGUCCACUGGUCUGGCUGCUAACUCAAAGCCACUGGCUCUCCUCACUCAGCCCAAUAGGGAGUCAUCAUGCACCCCUCCCAUCUCCCUGACUGCUUCCCCUAAACGACUGUCCAGCACAGCCUCUCCAAAACCUCCCAAACUGCUGCCCUCAUCCUCCCCCCAGCACCUGCCUCUCUCCCUAUGCUCGUCCCCCAAGCCAGUUUCGGUGCCCUCUCCACCAUGCUCAAAUCUCCCGAUGUCUACCUCCCCAAAACCUUUCGGCCUGACCUCAUCAGUAACAAGCCCCCAGAAGUCCUCGCCCAAGGCAGCUCAGUACACUGCUCCCACUUCUGCCAAAGCCAACAGAAGGAAACUGUUAGAAGCCUCGCUCGCGCAAAUCAAUGAAUUCAGACUGAAACAGACUCUCAUGUCCCAGGGGCAGACUUUUCCAGUUGAGCUAAAGAAGCAACAGCAGGGGCCAAACAAGUCUCCGAAGAGGAAGUCUUCACCACUACCACCUGCAACUCCACCUCAGAACAAUCACUCCAACCUUUUCCUCUCCAGUGCUCUACUGGGACUUUCUGAACCCCAUCACCCCAACGGAGUCAUCCAAAGCACCACUCAGGACGCACCUUUGGCCCUCAUCACCAAAUCUCGAAAGGAAUCUGCCUCUCAAAGCAAGUCCCCUGAACCAGACUCUGACGCAGGAUCGAUGCCUGUAAAUCUGAGCACGGGGACGAGCAGAACGCAUACACCUGCCCAGUCUGGGCUGCCGUCACAGCCUCCCUCUACCUCACCGCAUACUGCAGGCUGUGGACCCAGGAAGAGUAAAACCCUGAAAAGCAAAGGGCAGGCGCCUCUUGUGGGUCAAGGACCCGAACAAACGGGCAACUUGGCUGCCUGGAAAGGCUUCUCUCAGAACCACCUUGUACAGUCUUUAGUGGACUUAUUUCGAGGCGGAGAGUCUGGCAUCGGUAUUCCCGGUGUUGGUAUCCCUGGUGUUGGAAUUCCUGGCGUUGGCAUUCCUGGGACUUGUAAUCCAGCGGCUGGUCUGCCCGCAAACAAGGAAUCAGAUGACUCCGGAGAUGAUGAUGAUGAUGAGGACGACGAUGAUCUGGAAGAGGAAGAGGAUGAGGAGGACUCUGAUGAUAGCCUCUCAGAGUCUGACAGCAACUCUGACAGCGACAUCUCUGGAAAGAAAGCAAAGGAGUUGAAGCAUCCUGAGUCCGAUUCUACGAAAAAAGAGACUCACCGCAAGCAAACCAAAGGCGCUGAACUACUGAACACCUCAACCAAUCACACGGCCACCAGCUGCUCCCCACUCAACCUCCAGGUCAUCAAGAGUCCCACCAUCGUCACCAGCUCCAGUGCCUUGGCUUACCACAGCUCACCAGGGUCUUCCUCCUACAGCCUCGCCUCUCCAUUAGGUUUAGGAAAGAGGAAGCGAGUCAUGGAUGAGAAGGAAUUGAUGACACCUCUGGAGCUGGGGUGGCGCAGAGAGACAAAAAUCAAAUCUGUGGCCGGGCGUCCACAGGGCGAAGUGGCCUACUAUUCCCCGUGUGGCAAGAAACUGAGACAGUAUCCAGACGUCAUGAAGUAUCUAUCCAGAAAUGGAAUAAGUGGCAUCACGCGUGAUAAUUUUAGCUUCAGUGCAAAGAUCAGGGUUGGUGACUUCUAUGAAGCCAGAGAAGGACCCCAGGGGUUACAGUGGAGCCUUUUGAAGGAGGAAGAGGUCAUUCCUCGUAUUUUGGCUAUGGAAGGUCGGAGGGGACGCCCCCCAAAUUCUGAGCGUCAGCUAGCAGCGGAUGUCAAAGCUAAACGGAGAAAGGGACGACCUCCAAAUGUUGGGGAUCCACUCCUGCCAGAGGGGCCGAGUCCUAGUGAGGUUAAACUACUUCGCAAACUGGAGGCACAAGAAAUUGCUCGCCAGGCAGCCCAGAUGAAACUGAUGAGAAAACUGGAAAAGCAGGCGCUGGCACGGGCGGCCAAGGAAGCUCGGAAACAGCAGGCGAUCAUGGCCGCCGAGGAGAGGAGGAAGCAAAAAGAGCAGAUCAAGAUUCUCAAGCAGCAGGAAAAGAUCAAGCGUAUUCAGCAGAUUCGAAUGGAGAAGGAACUCAGGGCACAGCAAAUUUUAGAGGCGAAACGGAAAAAGAGAGAGGAGGCUGCCAAUGCUAAAAUACUGGAGGCUGAAAAACGAAUAAAAGAGAAGGAGAUGAGAAGACAGCAGGCUGAAAUUUUGAAACAUCAGGAGUUGGAGAGGCAUAGACUAGAUAUGGAGAGAGAGAGGAGGCGGCAACAUGUAAUGCUGAUGAAGGCGGUCGAGGCUCGCAAGAAAGCAGAGGAGCGCGAGCGAUUGCGGCAGGAGAAAAGGGAUGAGAAACGCAUAAACAAGGAGCGUAAACUGGAGCAACGCAGGCUGGAGCUGGAGAUAGCCAGGGAGUUGAAGAAGCCAAAUGAAGACAUGUGUCUGUCUGAUCAUAAGGCGCUUCCAGAGUUCUCCAGGAUCCCCGGACUGAUCCUUCCAGGACGUGCCGUUUCUGACUGCUUAAUGCUUAUGCAGUUCUUGCGGGGCUUCGGGAAGGUUUUAGGGCUGGACCUGAAUGCGGAUAUUCCCACUCUGGGUAUGCUUCAGGAGGGUCUGCUCAAUGUGGGCGACAGCAUGGGCCGUGUCCAAGACCUCCUGGUCAAGCUGCUGUCUUUGGCCGUCUGUGACCCCGGUUUACCACCAGGACAAAAGACUAAGACCAUGCUGGGAGACCACCUGACCAAUGUUGGCAUCAACAGGGAUAAUGUUUCUGAGGUGCUACAAAUGUACAUGGGGGCUCAUUGUGCCAACACUGACCUGGCACCCCUGGCACUCAGUUUGAAAACCAAAGCCUUCCAGGCUCACACUCCGGCCCAGAAGGCCUCCAUCCUGGGCUUCCUGGCCAACGAGCUGGCCUGUAGUAAAGCUGUCAUCAGUGAGAUCGAUAAAGGUCUUGAUCAGAUGGCAAACAUGAGGAAGGACAAAAUAAUUAUGGAAGGAAAACUGAAAAAAUUAAGGACAAUUCAUGCCAAACGCACUGGAAAGAGAGAGGCAAGCGUCGGUGUGGAGGAAAACCAAUGUGUUGGAACCCCCUCAUCUGCCAGUAAACGCAAACGAAAACUGGGAGACAGUGAUGAUGAUGACGAUGAUGAAGAAGACAGCGAUGACCAGGCAGAUGAAGAAGACGAUGAUGAUGAGGAAGAGAUGAAAAAAGUUAAAAAAGUCGAGACUUACGAUGAGGAUGAAGUCGAUCAAGCCACCAGCCUGGAAGAGUUGGAGAAGCAGAUAGAAAAGUUGGCCAAGCAACAUCACCAGACGAGAAGGAAGUUGUUUGAAAUUUCACAUUCCCUACGCUCCAUGAUGUACGGACAGGACCGAUAUCGUCGCCGAUACUGGGUUCUCCCUCACUGUGGGGGCGUCUUCAUCGAAGCCAUGGAGAGUGGAGAAGCUCCUGAAGAACUUGAGGAGGAGCGCCAAAGGAGGAGAAGAGCAGCUGAGGAGGUCAAAGUCAAAGAGGAACCUCAGGAGAUUGAGCUUCAGAAGGAGAAGUCCAAUUCCCUGGAGGCCCAUAAAGUACACAGCCCCGAGCCACAAAAGGGACUACAAGGCUCCAUAGCUAAACUGUGCACAAUCCAAGACAUCAAGGAGGCUGACAGAGAAAAUAUAAAGGUGGAGGACAAGGGUUGUCCCCUUGCGAGGCAGAAUGGCAGCCCUGUGGGUCCUCCUGUUGUCACAACCUCAGUUAUAUCCUCCCCUUCCCGUAGCACCUCUGAGCCUGCACUAGCAAGCCCUGCUUCCGUGGUUACUACUAAUGACACAACAAAUAUCCCAGCUCCAGCCUCCACUCCUUUAUCAGCAUUGUGCUUGCCAACCCAACAUGAAAGUCCCAGGAAUACGCCACCAGCCUCUUCACAAAUUCCAUCUCCACAUCUGUCCUUCCAAGCAAACGACCAGCUGCUAAGAGUGCUGACGGAGAGGAGUGGACACUGGUUUAGCCUGCUCCCUCGGAACCCCUGUGAUCUGUCCUCGCUCACUGCUACUCCGCCUGGAGCUCCCCGUGUGUCUCCUCAGGCUUCCUCCACACCUAACAAAUCUCGAUCUCCACCUCCAUCUCCUGCGCUGCCCCUGACACCUUCUGCUGCCUCUGCCUCGGCCAGCCCGAGUCACCCGACAGGACUGCUGCCCUAUCAACUAUCAGCCCUGCAGGCAAAAACCGGUGGAUCAUUACUCGGAGUUUCCUUUGGAAGCUGGUCCAGUGGCGUGCUAAGUCCCAGCCUGCCGUUGUGCAACAGCCCGAGUCCAAUGCCAUGUCAUUCUCUGGAGGGCAACACCGCAGCUAGUGUCUCCAGUAAGAGUGAAUCACCUUUGCCUUGCAUUGAGAAAACCUCAUCCAUGCCUUCACCUGCUCUGGAGAUUCCCAAAUCCCUGGAUUAUCCAACAGCACGGCCAAUCCCAGAGGAGAUGUUAACCGGCUGGUGGCGAGUGUCUGACAUUGAAGAGUUGCGGGCUCUAGCGGAGUCUCUGCACAGCCGUGGCAUCAGAGAGAAAGGCCUCCAGAGACAGAUCCAGAAAUACAUGGAGAUGAUUCCGCAGGUCUGCACCAAACACAAGGAUGUGGCCAUGAUCGAACUGCGUGAGCUGGAGGAGAGCCAGGUCAGCGUGGAGUCUGUGCGAGGCUGGUGUGUGGAGGAGCAGGCCAUGGAGAUGGACAUUGCUGUGCUGCAGCAGGUGGAAGAGCUGGAGAGGAAAGUCACAGCCGCAAGCCUGCAGGUCAAGCGGACUUCCCCCCUCCAGGGCUGGACCUACCCAGACCCCCAGUCUGAGCGUGAGGACUUGGUGUAUUAUGAGCACAAGCCCCCGACCAAAUCGACGUCGUCAUCCGCCAGCGGGAGCGACAAGGAUUCCAGGGAUCACCCAGAGGAGAGGGGGGAGAAGGGCGGGGUGAUGCGUCACCCGGACAAUCCACUGGACAUAGCAGUGACACGUCUGGCCGAUCUGGAGCGCAACAUCGAGAGAAGGUACCUGAGGAGCCCCUUAGGUACCACCAUUCAGAUCAGGCUGGAUAAUGUGGGUACGGUCACUGUCCCUGCCCCCGCCCCAUCCACUAGUGCUGACAGGGAAGGAUGUGAGGAGGAGGUGGCCCACGGCAUGAAGGUUUGGAGGAAAGCCCUGAGUGAAGUCCGCAGCGCCGCCCAGUUGGCAAUGUGUAUCCAGCAGCUGCAGAAGUCCAUCGCAUGGGAGCGCUCCAUCAUGAAAGUGUACUGUCAGAUUUGCAGGAAGGGUGAUAACGAGGACCUGCUCUUGCUGUGUGACGGCUGUGACAAAGGCUGUCACACUUACUGCCAUAAGCCCAAAAUCACCACUAUUCCAGAGGGAGACUGGUACUGCCCAGCCUGCAUUUCCAAGGCUAGUGGUCCCUCUCCCAAAAAGAAGACUCCUAGCAAACCGCCAGCCUCCGGUGCAGCUAAUGUAAAGAAGGGAGGUGAGGCGAAGAAAAACGGGAAGCAGGCCGGUAGUGGGGAGAUGUCAGAGGAGGACUCAACCAGCGCCAGCAGCACUCCUAAGAAAGCAGCGAAAGACAGCAACAAGAAGAGAAAAUCGGAGGAAACCUCACCUUCUCAGCCAGCAGUCAGUCAGGAAAACCCCACCUGCGUGAAGAGAGCAAAGACGGCUAGAGACAACAACAGGGAUCUGGGACUGUGCAGGGUUCUACUCGCUGAGUUGGAGAGACAUCAGGACGCCUGGCCUUUCCUCACUCCAGUCAACCUCAAGUCAGUUCCUGGGUACAAGAAGGUCAUCAAGAAACCCAUGGAUUUCUCCACCAUACGCGAGAAGCUAGUCAGCAGCCAGUACCAAAACCUGGAGACCUUUAUCAUUGACGUCAACUUAGUGUUUGAUAAUUGCGAAAAAUUCAAUGAAGACAAUUCUGACAUUGGACGUGCUGGUCAUAACAUGAGGAAAUUUUUUGAGAAGCGCUGGACGGAGCUUCUGAAACAAACUAACUGAUCUUGCACCCAAAUUCUCUCUCUCCCUCCGGUCGUACCACUCGGCACUGGGUUACUUUAAUGGUGGAGUGUGGUUUCCGCUGGAUUCUAACAAAACUAGGAGUCCCGCUGUGCUUCGAGUGAGAUGGCCCAGUGAAAAUAAAAAAAAAAUGGUUACAUGAGGUGCGCUGGAUCAUUACAACAGGGAUAAAAGCCCCAAAGACUCGCGGAGAAAAAGGGCAUCAUAGUGCAAUACUAUUCCCUGACUCAGAACACUGCACUGAUUGAAUCCUCAACUGUCACUGAUGUGUCUGCGCUAGAAUACUUUCCACUACCUGUAAAUAUUUUCUUUUGUUAUUUAAACUAGUAUAGUGAAUGUAUUUAAUUUUGUAAUGAUUAUUUAUGAUUCAAGGUCCACUUCAUUUUCUAUGAAAAGGAAGGUCAGCUAAAUUUGAAAAGGAAUGUGUCUUUGUGUUAUAAUUUUCCUCCCAAAUAUCAAACAAAGCCAAGAAAAAAAGAAACUGUUUACACUGUUCAGUGCUUUGGAGCAUUCAAUGACUGUAAUCAUUUGUUCAAGCUGUUAAACUGCAUUUAUUUACAGGAGCAGCAGUUAGACAAUGGUGGUUCAUGUGUAUAUAUUGUUUAUUAAUGUCUAUAUAAUGUCUUGUUUGGAACGAUGUGUAAAAAUUGUUUAAGAAUAUUAAGAUAUUGUUUAUGCCUUAGAAUGAUUGUAGCAUUCUAUUUUAGUGAACGUGAUGGAAACAUUAUCAUAAAUAUUGUUUGUACAGUAUAUGACAUAUCCUCUGCAAACACUGUGGUAUCCUUAAUCUUGGUAGUGCCUACCCUUCCAACAGGGGCAUGUAGAGGAUGUUAAUGUUUUCAUUUUUACGACAUUAUUUUCUUUUUCUUUUUUUUAAUUUUAUUUCAAUCCAACAAGGCCUCCAAAGUUGGACUGUGACGCAGAUCCAAUUCCUCACCACAGAAAAGAGAAGAAAAAAAAAAAAAAACAUUGGGUGACGCUUCUGUAAUACAUUUCCUCACAAUCUGCCACAAUACCGAGGACCUACGGACAUUUGUGACCACUGUGUUGAACCUUGCUGUGUGUCGUGGCCUGAUGGAGGCAGCUAGAUUUUUUUGUACCCAAGUCAGAAGUACUUGAAGUUACUUUAUUUAAGAUAUUGUGGAAUAAAAGUAUCAUUCUUU